UGCUGCGGCGCGUGCGCGCGCAGGCGCCCUAUGAGCGCGGCAGUGGCGAGUCUCGGCCUGACCGCGGAGGGGCGCUGCUCCUUAGCACGGAACUGCAGCAGUAGCAGCGGGGGCGCGUUGGCUGAAUAAUGGCGGAGCGAAUGGGGUUGCUGCGCCUCGAACAAUAACCACAACUGCACGAACUUAAUUCAGUUGGAGGCCGCGGACCGACUCGCUCUAACCUGUAAGCGCGACGGGAGCUCCUUCUGUAGAAUUGUCGGCGCACACGGGACUACGGCGAUGGACGAGACGCUCGGCUUGGUCGGGAAAAGAGUGCUGCUUCUCUUCAAGGAUCCCGCCUGCUCAUCCGCCGAGCCUGACCGUGACCAGCAGCGUGAAUGGCUACGCGGUACUGUGCGGGCGGUCCGCGGCUUGGAAGGGGUCGGAGCGAACGCUGCGGGCUCAUCGGCUUUGUCCGUGUUUGUGGAGUUUGAAGAUGUGCGCUGGAAAAGGAAUUCCUGGAUCAAAGUGUAUGCAGAAGAUGUUCAGGCCUUCUUGCUGGAGACCUCCAUUGUCUGGGCACCUCGUUCAGAGCCGGUGCUUAUUCAGGAGGUUGGGAUUCCAGUAACCCGCUGGCCAGCUCUUAUUUUCCAGCCUUUGGUCGACAAGGUGGGCCUGUCAUCUCUUAUCCCUGUGGAGUUCUUUGUAGACCGGGUCAUGGGAUUUGUUACUGACAGAGGCACUCUUCAGAGGUUUGAGCUGGAGGACGAUCUGCGAAGUAAGCUUGUACAGGAGCACUCGGUGCUGCAAGUGGCCCUCACGAGCUGGCUGAGCGAGUUGAAACUGCAGGAGAUCCUGAGGAGAGGACCCUACACUAUCCAGGGCCAGAGAGUGAAGUUGUAUCAACCAGAAUAUGAAGGACAUUGGGUGUUGGGGAUGGUCUCGCAGCACAAUCCAGUCUCCCACAUCAUGGAAAUCACUAUUGCUCAGGGUGAAGAAACAAAAGUUGUUGAUCCUCGAACAGUUCAUGUAACUUUGGCAGAUGGUAUUCUUGAUGAGUCUUUGAGUGGUAAAAAGUGCCGGCGUAGGAAAGAGGGAGACUUAAAAGCUGAUGGGAGGAGAAGAAGAAACACAUCAGAUAGUGAGUCCGAGACGGGGAUGAAGAAGUUAAAGAGUGGGGAGAAAAGUGAAGCGGACAGCAGUGGCAGUGAAGGAGGGGAGAAUGGACUGGGGUCCUGGAAGUCAAGUUGUGCAAGUAGCUCAGUUGUCCUGCCUCCCAGUACUGCAUCUCCAAAUAUGGCAGCUCACACUUCUUCACAGGUACACCCGAAUAUCCGGUUUGCCACUUACACCAAAGAAAAUGGCCGGACAGUGGUUGUGCAAGAUCGACCUGUGGCAGUAGACCCUGCUGUUUGUUCCCCAUUUUCCUCUACCGUUUUCCCUUCUGUUGGUCAAAAAUCUCUGGGACCGGGCCUUCCUGCACAACAGCUGAAGGAAAAGCUUUUGCCAGUAGACCUGCCUGAGAAAGAGAAUGCUUGUGCUUCUCCUGUGGCACUCGGGGGGUUUCCUCCAACAGCGGGGCCUGUACCAACCGCAGUCCGGAUUACAGAUAGUGGAGCCAGUGUGGGCGGUUUUACUGGACAGAAGACGAGCAGCUGGGCCGCUGGGCAGAAGGAGAGUCCUAAAAACCCAGUAAUUGCAGCAACGGGCUUUCAGAUGUCCCCAAGUCAGCCUGUGUCUGUGCCAGCCUUUGGGGAGGUGCGGGCUCAGACUAAUGGAUCAACUGGCCAGGAAAGUAAGCCUUUUGGCUUCCAGUUCAACAGUGGCACAGAAGAAUCUAGCAAGGACAGUGACUCCUCAAAUAAUAUAUUCUUCCAGUGCAUGGCACAAAAUGUGCCCCAGAGCAACUAUUUCACCUCCAUUUCUGAAAGCCUUGCAAAAGAGCCACCAGCUUUGAACUUAUUUAAGUCUGCGGCCCCAGAGUCACCGAAGAGCAGCUUAUUUGGUGGAGCAGUAAUGGCUCCCUCCAAAGACUCGACAAGACAAGACUCGAAACCAACAGGAAAUGGGGCGGAUUUGGGAAAACUGUUCAACCCAGAUGCUAUGCCUAAACUCACUCCUGCAUUUCCUGGGAGUAGUUCGGGGCUUGUAAGUGGUGCUAAACCUAAAGAACCGCAUGAAAAUCUCUUUUUACAGCCGCCUAAGCUAUCUCGUGAAGAACCCUCCAACCCAUUUCUGGCCUUUGCUGAAAAGCUUACUCACAGCCCGUUUAGUGGACUUCCAUCAGCUCAGCCCUCAACCAGCACUCCGGCCUCAACUACAACUUCUGUUAUCGUUCGUCCACCAGCUACCUCUAUUUGGCCUCCCAAGGCCUCCAUGUUAUCUGCAGACAGUUCCACUGUACAUGGUGAAAAUAAGAACAAUCUUUUUUCCCUUGCUAAUGCUUCUAGGGGCCUUGUGUCUUCUCCAUUUUUGGCCUUUUCCUCUGGUACCACGGCAGUUUCUAUACAAAGGCCCACCAUCUUAGGAACUACCUGUGAAACCAGUUCAUCUGAAGCCACCCUGUCACAGGCUUUAGAAAUGCCUACACUGUCUUCUAGCCCAACUGAGGUUGGUCCCAUUGACAACAGAAUUUGUGGACCUGGGCAAGAAGGUGGCUGUUCUCUCGUUAACCCUUCACAAGAGUCUGCAAUGCAGCAUCUCAGUUUUUCAAGUUUCAAACCAACCUCUGCUCCAUUGGAGUCCAGACUGCUCUUUAACCAGAUGCAUCACAAAUUUGCCCUUGAUGAGCGUAGUGUGGCAUCCAGACAUGACUCGGACUCGAGCAGUAACAGUGACCUGUCAGACCUGAGUGACACAGAAGAGCAGCUUCAGGUUAAGUCGAAGGAGCAUGGGCAUCUGGGAUCAAACUUUGGGAAUGCCAUGCUAGAAAAGGGGAAGGGAAAAGGUAUUGGGAAAAGUCGACCUCGCAACAAACCCCUGAAAGUUGGUCAGUCUGUUCUGAAGGAUGUGAUGAAGGUGCGCAAGCUGAAGCAGUCUGGCGAGUCUUUCCUGCAGGAUGGUUCCUGUAUCAAUGUAGCACCCCACCUA